AUGAGUUUUUCUAGUAAAAUAGUUUUGAUUACAGGAGCCAGUAGAGGAAUAGGCGCAGCAACAGCGAUAAUGUUCGCUAAAGAAGGGGCUGAUGUAGUAAUUGUUGGAAGAAAUGAAGAAAAACUCAAAGAAGUCGAAGUGGAAUGUUCUAAAUUUGGUAAGAAACCCCUUGUUAUUACGGCGGAUUUGGCGAAAGAUGAGCAAGUUAAAGGUAUAGUCAAUAAAACUAUAGAUGCAUUCGGAAAACUGGAUAUAUUAAUUAACAAUGCUGGCAUACUAAAGAAAAAUGACAUUAAGUCAGAAGGCUUCAUAGAGACUUUCGACGAAGUGAUGAACACAAACCUAAGAGCUUCUGUAUUGAUAACCAACGUGGCCAUACCACACCUGAUCAAAACAAGAGGCAAUAUCAUUAAUGUUUCAAGUGUCGCUGCAACUUCAACAUCAGUUGUUAAUUCUGUUACGUACAAAGUAUCUAAAGCCGCCCUCAACCAUUUCACUCGCUGCAUAGCCUUAGAACUUGCUCCUCAUGGCAUCCGAGCUAACACAGUGAGCCCUGGCCCUGUGGAAACAGAUAUUUUCGAAACAGCUGGAAUUCCAGAAGCACUACAAAAUUAUUCAGGACAACUUCCCCUUAAGAAAGUCGGCAAGAAAGAAGAAGUGGCAGAUUUGAUCUUGUUUUUAGCCAGCGAGAAAGCACAAAGUAUAACCGGAGCGAAUUACGUUAUAGAUAAUGGAUGGCUGUUAAACUAA